AUGGCCAAUUCUUGCGCCACGCGAGCGCUCCGACCCGGAAUCUAUGCGCCACUGCCCACAUUUUUCGAUGAUAAUCAAGAAAUCGACUAUGAGAGUUAUAAGAAACAUCUUCUCAGUCAGUUCGAAUCUCUGUUGAAAUCCACCUUUGAAAGUCUAAGUCCUGACCCCGUGUUUCUAGAUCUGGCUACGAAGGACAUGAUCCCAGUAUGUGCCGGAUCAUUGGGAGAAGCUGUGCACUUGAGUUUCGAUGAGCGAACGGCUCUUAUCCACUUCAUUCGAAAUACUUUAGAUGAAGCUGGGCUCCAAACGACGCCGAUUGUUGCUGGAGUUGGAGGCUUGAGUACAAGAGAGACAAUCCAGUUGUCUCAUGCAGCGGCGAAGGCAGGAGCAGAUGCGGGAAUGGUGAUUUUGCCUGCCUAUUAUGCUGCAAGUCUCAAUACGAAUCAAGAACAAGUUAUUCAAUAUUACAUUGAUAUUUGUGAAGCAUCGCCAAUUCCAUUGCUACUCUACAACUUCCCUGCCAAUGCCGGUGGCCAAGAUAUGUCGUCGGAAGUCAUCAGCGCAGUCAUGAAACUGGCGCCGAACUUGUGUGGUGUGAAACUAACAUGUGGUGGUAGCAUCGGCAAACUGCUUCGCUUGAAUGCCACGAUCUCCGAAAAUCCUUCUAUAUCUUUCAGUCGGAAAUUCCCAUUCCUUCUGCUGGAUGGUUUGAUUGCAGACCUCACUCCGUGGAUGCAAUGUGGAGGCCAUGGAACCGUCAGUGGCAUACCUAAUUUCGCGCCGCUGGCCUCUGUGAGACUUUGGACUCUGCUCAAUACCCUCUCUCCGACCGAGAAAGAGGCGCAGGAAGCCAAGGAAAUACAGGCAAUUCUGUCUAGGGCGGAUGUAGCUGCAGUUCCUGGGGGAAUUCGGGCGAUGAAAUACGCUUUGAAUAAGAUAUACGGCUAUGGAAUUGCACCGCGCAAGCCUCUCCUGCCACUCGAACAAUCAGAGGGAGAAAGGUUCAUGGAAGCUCUGGAAAAAAUGCUUCAACUUGAAAGGAAACUGAUGGAGGAGUGGUAA